AGAACCGCGCCACUCAUUUCCUUCCAUUGGAGCAAAGUUUUCGCGCCUUCGUUCAACUCCAUCUUCAACUCCGCUCAAUCUUAUUCCAAUCACUUCCAGUUCCAAUCUACUUUUGAAUCAAGUUUUUUUUCACUUCGAGAAGCUCUGAAGACGGCAGUUUCUAAGUAGAAGACGCUAUAAUCAGUCAUUCAUUAGACUUCUCCAAAUUUAACGAAUCGCUGUCUCAACAAUUGGGAAAUGCUUAUUGUAAGACAUCUUCAGAUUGAAAGCCAUUUUCACUUGCCUCUUGCAGUUUUCAAUUAUCUUAUAGAGUUUUAGUUUGAAGAACAGGUAAGUCUGUUGAAGUUGGCUUUAAGAUUACCCAUUAGUUUCUUUAUAUGUUGCUGUUUUAAAUUUGAUUAGAUUGUAUGAGGUACACCAUUUAACGCUAAGGAAAUCUCGUUAGCUGGUGUUGAGCAUACAUAUGCGGCAUUUAAUUUCAUGGCUAUAUGGUAAUUGAAUUCCCAUGAAGCCAUAUAGAGCGGCUUUUGUUCAAAACCUUGUUCUAAGAAAUUCUCAAGCUCCAAAUCCAUCCUUGAAUGGUAAGCAUCUUAUCGAUGCUCACAGCGUCAAAACUGGCUUCAAUGCAAAUACAUGCCGCUCUAACUUUCAGGUCAACAAUUUUCUCCAGAGAGGGGAUAUUUUCCAUGCACAUCAGGUAUUUGAUCAAAUGCCUUGCAAGAACACGAUCUCUCUCAAUGUGAUGAUUUCUGGUUACCUUAAGUUUGGGAACUUAUCUAAAGCUAGAGAGUUGUUUGAUGGCAUGGUGGAACGUACGGCAGUGUCGUGGACGAUUUUGAUUGGUGGCUAUUUGCAAUCUAAUCAAUCUAAAGAAGCGUGUAGGCUUUAUGCUGAUAUGAGAAGGGGAGGGACAGAACCAGAUUAUGUGACUCUAGUGACUUUGUUAUCAGGCUGUAGUGAAUUGGAAACUAACAAUGUGAUUGUUCAAAUCCACACCCAUGUCAUUAAACUUGGAUAUGAGUGCAACAUCAUGGUGUGCAACUCGUUGGUUGAUGCUUAUUGCAAAACCCAUUGCUUAUAUUUGGCCUCCCAGCUCUUCAAGCAGAUGUUAAUCAAAGACACAGUGACCUUCAAUGCAUUAAUGACCGGUUACUCAAAUGAGGGAUCAAGUGAAGAAGCAAUAAAGCUCUUUCUUGAGCUACAGAAUAGUGGAAUAAAGCCUUCAGAAUUUACAUUUGCAGCCCUCCUAUGUAGUGCUGUUGGUCUAGAUGACACAAAUUUUGGACAACAAGUUCAUGGUCUUAUUAUCAAGACCAACUUCGUUUGGAAUGUGUUUGUGGGAAAUGCAUUACUAGAUUUCUACUCAAAGCACGACCGAGUGGAUUUGGCAGGGAAGCUUUUUCAUGAGAUGCCAGAGUUGGAUGGAAUAUCAUAUAAUGUAGUCAUCACAGGCCAUGCUUGGAAUGGGCAAUUCGAAGUAUCUUUUGAUCUUUUUAAGCAAUUACAAUUUACUAGAUUUGACCGGAGGCAAUUCCCUUUUGCAACACUAUUAAGCAUAGCUACAAAUACUCUUAAUUUGAGAAUUGGUAGGCAAAUUCAUUGUCAGGCAAUUGCAGUUGGAGCAUAUCUAGACCCUGUGGUAGAAAAUUCUUUGGUUGACAUGUAUGCCAAAUGUGACAGAUAUGAGGAAGCUCUGAAGAUAUUUGAGAAUAUUACCUGCAAAAGUACAGUGCCAUGGACUGCAAUGAUCUCAGCCUACGUUCAGAAGGGAAGGUAUGAAGAAGGAAUAAAGGUAUUCAUUGACAUGCAAAGAACUGGUGUGCCUUCUGAUCAGGCAACCUUUGCUAGUAUCCUUAGAGCAUGUGCAAAUGUGGCUUCAAUUUGUUUGGGAAGACAAGUGCAUUCAUUGCUAAUUCGAUCAGGGUUUAUGUCCAAUGUAUAUUCUGGAAGUGCGUUGCUAGAUACAUAUGCAAAAUGUGGUUGCAUGAAAGAUGCAAUAAGAUCUUUUGGAGAGAUGCCUGAGAGGAAUUCUGUUUCAUGGAAUGCUUUAAUCUCAGCUUAUGCACAGAAUGGGAAUGUUGACGGAACACUUGAUUCAUUUCAGCAGAUGAUUCAAUCAGGUUAUAAGCCAGAUUCUGUUAGUUUUCUCAGCAUUCUGUCAGCUUGCAGUCACUGUGGUUUUGUUGAAGAAGCUCUUCGGCACUUCAACUCCAUGACUAAAAUUUAUGAAGUUACUCCAAAGAGAGAGCACUAUGCAUCAAUGGUCGAUGUAUUGUGCCGAAAUGGAAAAUUUGAUGAAGCUGAAAAGUUGAUGGCCCAAAUGCCAUUUGAGCCUGAUGAGAUUAUGUGGUCGUCGGUAUUAAACUCUUGCAGAAUUCAUAAGAAUCAUGAGUUGGCUAAGAAAGCAGCAGAUCAGCUUUUUAAUAUGGAAGAGCUUCGAGAUGCUGCUCCUUAUAUCAACAUGUCUAAUAUUUAUGCUGUAGCUGGUCAGUGGGACAAUGUUGCAAAGGUCAAGAAGGCGAUGAGGGACCGAGGGGUUAGAAAGGUCCCGGCUUAUAGUUGGGUUGAAAUUAAACAUCAGACUCAUGUAUUCUCAGCAAACGAUAAAUCCCAUCCUCAGAUGAAGAAGAUUUUGAGAAAGAUUGAUGCAUUGACGAAGCAGAUGGAGAAGAAAGGAUAUAAGCCAGACACAACUUGUGCCCUUCACGAUGUGGAUGAGGUUAUUAAGAUUGAGUCUCUUAAAUACCACAGUGAACGCUUAGCAAUUGCAUUUGCCCUACUCAACACACCAGAUGGGUCGCCAAUAGUGGUAAUGAAAAACUUGAGAGCUUGUACAGACUGUCAUGCUGCAAUCAAGGUGAUCUCGCAGAUUGUUGGAAGGGAAAUUGUUGUUAGAGAUUCAAGUAGGUUUCAUCAUUUUAAAGAUGGCUUUUGCUCCUGUGGGGAUUAUUGGUGACUACAAAAAUCUCUAAAUGAGAAGGCUAGAUUA